CGUUCGACCUACGAUACCUGCGCCCAGCCACCCAACAUGGCCAACCAACAGCGAACGGUGCUCUCAGACAUGCCUAGAGAAGUCAUCGACGAUAUCGCGAGCGAGCUCCUUAACUUGGAUGUCGCAUCCUUGCAUGCCGUCAACCGGGCUCUUUUCCAGAAGACGAAGUAUGCCUACGCCAAGCGUUAUUUGACUCACAUACAUGUCUUCCUCCACCCAGUGAGCUUCGACAAGCUGGAUCGUCUGGCGAAGGACCCGAUCUACGCCCGAUACAUCGAUCACAUCACUAUCUCGACUUAUGUGCUUCGUGCACGAGAGGAUCGUCGCAAGGGAACAAGCGUCAUACCCUUUGAGCAGGGAGAGUCAUUCUUGAUCGAAGCUGCGGACCAAGCGAUCAUGGGAGCCCUUCUGAAGACCACCGGCCUCAAAUCGCUGACCAUUGCCGAUUACCCCUAUGGCAACGUGCCCCCCGCAUGGGGCAUCAACCAGCUCAACCAUCUUACCACGUUCAAACGUGGCAGUGCGGUUGUCACGGAAUACAGCAAUCAGGAUGACAUCAAGGUGUGGCCUAAACGCAUGAUGGCCCUUGAGGCUUGCCUUGUCGGCAGGUCAUUGGCCAAUCUUCCGGCUCGUGUUGAGUUGAGGAUGGUCCUUGAAGGUAAUGCUCCCCGUCCCCUAUCCCCCAAAGCACACUUCCUCUUCCGGCGUACAUUGGCUUCCGCGACCCACAUCACGACCAACCUGGACACCUAUGCGGAGACCCCGGAGAACGCGGAUUGGCUGGAGAAGAUCAAUCCAAAAUUGCUGGACGUGGACUACGACACACCCGCCUGGGCGUCUGUCGAAGUGGCCCCGAGCCUCAGCUUGGGCGCCUACAACCGACUGACAAGCCUGCGGAUCGUAAACUCAAAGACCAUCGGAACGGAGCUGGAUAAUUUUCUCGAAGCACACGCCGGCACUCUUCGCAAAGUUGCGCUGCAGCACGUUUGCCUAUUGUGGACGGAUGCUGGCAACUAUCCCUGGAGGACCAUCUUCUUGACUCUGGCCAAGAUUUCGGAGCUCAACUACCUAUGGCUCAACACCCUCUCGGCAUUCCCCGUCAAUCAUACCGAUAGGAAGUCGGACCCCUGUGCAGCUCAGGAGGUCGCCUGGAAGUCCAAGUUGCACGCUCAUUAUGCCCUUGAGAUACUCUGCGACUACUACGACAGGCAGGGCGCUAGCGGACUCUGGGUGGAGAUGAGCCACGUGGAGGAGGUCAUGAUGGAGAAGUACGGGAUCACAAUCUGAGACGAGGAACGAGAAGGACAGGUGAGCUGGAAUGGCUUGGGGGGACUAUGAAUUGAGAGCCUGGUUACAGCUUUGGUUUGGUCUUUUGAACCAACCUUGCAAGUUUGUGUAGCUUCACGAAAUGCAUGACACUCGGCGU